AAUUGUAGGUUUGUACAACAGACUUGUGCGAGACGGGACGAAGCGGCCAUAUUGGGGGUCGGCGAUAGCCGUGUCGAGUGUUCGAAACGACGCCCUACUCCAAAGAUUUUUUAGACCGACGGGACCUUGAUUUCGAGGGCGCGGACCAGUCAACACUUGUACGGAUCCGGGACGAGUCUCGACAAGCAGAUCCUAAAGUUAUUAUUAUUUUUUUUUAAUUGAAAUUUCCUUCAGAAGCCGCUCGUCUCUCAGAUAAAUCCUCUUCGUCCCAAAGUAUCUCUCGUCUUGGCGAAAUACGCUGACAUGUACGUCGAACGCCUUUUAUGACGACCACUGGACACAGCUCAUCCCGUACAGCCUUGAUCCGACACAGAUCCGUACAUUUAGAAUAGAUGAGGAAAAUGGAACGUACUCUGCUCAUUUUGACCGCCGUUUUCACCUCUUUCAUCUUAAUGGUGAAUGGUAACUGCAUCUGGUAUGGUAAAUGCCACACCCGGCCAAUUACUGGUCUGCCACUUAAUUGCAAUUACACUGGACCAGCAAAGAAACUGAAUAAUCCAAAGGGACUUGAGUACCUUAAGAAGUGGUGUCCUGAAUUUGUCAAUACUGCCCAAGAGACUGAGACUGAAAUAUGUUGCGACACAAUACAAUUGGAAGAUUUUGAUAAAAACAUAAACAUAGCUAAAAGUUUUCUUCAACGUUGCCCUUCAUGUUUCCAUAAUUUUCUUGCUCAUCUCUGUGCUAUCACAUGCUCACCAAGACAGUCAGAAUUCAUUAAUGUUACAUCGAUUGAAACUAAUGAAAAAGGAGUAUCUUUUGUCAACAGUUUAGAUAUUUUUGUUACAACAAACUAUUUGGCUGGCACAUUUAACUCGUGUAAAAACGUUAAUGUACCAGCAAUGGGUAAUCUGGCUUUAGAUGUAAUGUGCGGUGAUCAUAAAGCCAUAGGUUGCAGCCCCCUGAUAUGGUUUAAUUUUAUGGGAGAUCCUGACAAGAAUGCUUAUGCACCAAUCUUAAUGAACUAUAUACCUACAGAAGAGCCUACUAAAAAUAUAAUCCCAUUUAAUCCAAAAAUAAUACCUUGCAAUGUAGCUCUUGAUAAACACACACCGCCUUGUAGCUGUGUGGACUGUGAACAGAGCUGUCCGUCACCUCCACCACCAAAGCCACCAUUUGAACCAUUUAUGAUUUUAGGCCUUCCUGGCUUACCACUUGUGAUGCUUCUUAUCUUCGUAGGAGGGACAAGUCUGUUUCUUUCAGCUGUUUGCUGGGGCUCAUCUAUCUCGGCUGGCAUCGCUGUAGCAGUCCUGAGGAGAAGGAAAGAAGACCAUGCAGCAGGAAGUGUUGGCAGAAGGUUGGCUGGAAUCAACUCACGAAUUGCAAUGGCUGCCGAUGAUGAAUCGAGUCCUUUACAAUCAAAGAGAUCCAGUGUAGUGUCCUCGUCUGACGAAAGGCAGAAUGAAUCCCCUGCUGUAGCCGUCGCUCGACCGUCAUCUCUUCGUGAGAGGUUGGGAAACCGAUUGGAAAUUUUCCUACAAAACUCUUUCAGGCGCCUCGGAUUUGCUUGUGCAUCGAACCCUUGGCUCACACUUUUCCUGGGUUUUUGUGUUGUCGUUGCGCUUUCUCACGGCAUAAAAUACUUGGAAAUAACUACAAACCCUGUUGAACUCUGGGCUUCUCCUCAUUCCAGGGCUCGUCAGGAAAAAGAGUUUUUUGAUCAAAACUUUGAGCCUUUCUAUAGGACUGAACAAGUUAUAAUAAGUGCUGUUGAUUUAUCCACUGUGAAAUACAAUACAUCAUCCAAAGGUGAAGUGGAGUUUGGACCAGUUUUUCAUAAAAAAUUUCUGCUCGAUGUUCUCGAUCUACAACAAUCUAUAUUAGCAAUUGGUAGAGAUGAUGGUGUUGGUUUGGAAACCAUAUGCUUUGCCCCUCUUACUUCACCUUUCACAGGACCUGUUUUAGUAAAACAGUGUGCCGUUCAAAGCAUUUGGGGCUAUUUUCAAGAUAGCGCUGAAGAAAUUGAAGAAGAUGGAUUUUUUGAUAAAUUUCUUUCCUGUUCAAGUAAUCCAUAUUCACCUGAAUGUUUGGGAACAUAUGGUGGACCCAUUGAUCCAGCGGUAGCUCUUGGAGGUUUUCUUAAACCUGGACAAAAAAUAAGUUCACACUCUCAAUACUAUAAAGCCAACGCACUUAUUUUAACAUUUCUUAUAAAUAAUAACCACGAUAAAGAAAAAAUAAGCCAAGCUCUUAAAUGGGAGAAAAAAUUUGUUGAUUUUAUGCUUAAUUGGACACAGCAUAAACCUCCCAACAUGGAUGUUGCAUUUACAUCAGAGAGGUCGAUUGAAGAUGAACUAGAUAAAGAAUCUAAAUCUGAUGUAAUGACAAUUUUAACAUCUUAUUUAAUCAUGUUUUUUUACAUAGCAAUUUCUCUUGGUCAUAUCAGACAUUUCAAAACUUUAUUGAUGGACAGUAAAAUAACACUUGGUAUUGGCGGAGUCAUUAUUGUUCUUCUUUCUGUGGCUUCUUCAGUUGGAUUUUUCGGAUUUUGUGGAAUGCCAGCAACUCUUAUUAUUAUGGAGGUCAUUCCGUUCCUUGUGUUGGCUGUUGGUGUGGACAAUAUUUUUAUUCUUGUACAAACUCACCAAAGAACAACUAAAUUGGAAGGUGAAACAAUACAGGAACAUAUUGGACGGGUAGUUGGACUUGUUGGGCCAUCUAUUCUAUUAACAAGUUUAUCAGAAUCAGCAUGCUUUUUCCUUGGAGGACUAUCAGAUAUGCCUGCAGUAAAAGCGUUUGCCCUUUAUGCAGGAAUGGCACUAUUUCUUGAUUUUAUAUUUCAAAUAACUUGUUUCGUAAGUCUAAUGGCCCUCGAUGCAUAUCGCCAAUCGGAAAACCGUUUGGAUGUAGCUUGUUGUUUUCAUUCACCAUCCAAGUAUGAACUUCCUGCAACACCUAGUUUAUUAUAUCGAGUUACGAAAUCACUUUACAUGCCUUUCUUAUUGCACCAAAUUACGAGACCAGUCGUAAUGAUUUUGUUCUUUGGAUGGUUAUGCAUAUCAAUAGUCGCACUGCCGUCAAUAAGCAUUGGUCUCGACCAAGAACUCGCUAUGCCUCCAACUUCCUUUGUACAUAAAUAUUUCAGAUUUAUCAAAGAAUUUUUAUCAGUAGGCCCUCCAGUAUAUUUCGUAUUGGCUUCUGGGUUAAACGUGUCCAAUUUUAACAUUCAAAAUUUACUGUGCAGUGGGAAAGUUUGUAAUAUGGACUCAAUUACAUCACAGAUAUAUUUAGCGGCCAAAAUGCCCGAAGUUACCUAUAUUGCUCGGCCUUCUUCCUCUUGGAUCGACGACUAUUAUGAUUGGGCUUCUUCUGAAAGUUGUUGCAAAUAUUUUGCUGGCAAUGAAUCAUUUUGCCCUCAUACGAAUAACGACUGUACGCCAUGUGAAAUCGUUUUGGAUAAUUAUACUUCACGACCAGAGCCAGUGAGUUUUGCAAAAUUUCUGCCGUUCUUCUUGCAAGACAAUCCUGAUGAAUCCUGUGCAAAAGGUGGUCAUGCAGCAUACGGUCAUGGCGUAAAAUACACUGUAGGGAAAGGUGGAAUGGCCACUGUAGGUCCUAACUAUUUCAUGACAUUCCACACUGUAUUAAAAACAUCCUCAGAUUACUACGGAGCACUACGAGAAGCGAGAGUUAUAACAUCUAAUAUGACCCAAAUGAUAAAUAGCCAUCUGAGUCAUUUAGGUAUUAACCAAGAGGUGACCGUAUUUCCCUACAGCGUCUUCUAUGUCUUUUACGAGCAAUAUUUAACAAUGUGGACAGACACUCUUAAGUCAGUGUUUAUAUCAUUGUUAACAAUAUUUUUAGUAUCGUUCAUACUAAUGGGUCUCGAUAUAUCUUCUGCAAUACUUAUCGUUUUAACAAUUUUUAUGAUCAUCGUAGAUAUCGGUGGUAUUAUGUACAUUUGGAAUGUUAGCCUGAAUGCCGUUUCGUUAGUCAACUUAGUAAUGGCAAUAGGAAUUGGAGUGGAAUUUUGCAGUCACAUAGUUCAUUCAUAUGUUAUGUCAACCAAAGAAACAAAAGUUCAACGAGCAGCAGAUGCAAUUACUAAUAUAGGAAGUUCUGUGUUUUCCGGAAUCACGUUGACAAAGUUUGGAGGGAUAAUUGUCCUUUACUUUGCAAAAUCUCAAAUAUUCAACGUAUUUUAUUUCCGGAUGUACUUAUGCAUUGUACUGAUUGGAGCAGCCCAUGGACUUGUGUUCCUCCCUGUACUACUGAGCUAUGCAGGCGGAGGAAUAAAUCGUGAAAAAAUGUUGCGACACGUGAAGGUGGCUCAUUUGAAAGAAAUGGAUGAGCCCACAGAAACAGCGCUAAGCAGAGUAAGCCAUAUUCAAGAUCAACCCUCUGGAAUUGCUAGUGGAACUGAUGGAACUCAAAUUUCUGUGGUCAAAGCAUGGCCGAUGUGAUUAAGCUUGCAUGUUAUAAGCCUAACCUCCAAGUUAUUUGCAAAAUAGAAUUUAAGUUAAAAUAUAAUAUUUUUAAAUUUGUCUACAUUUAGAACAAAAUUGUAGCUUAAUUUUAGCGAAUUAUUUAUAUGCAUUGAAUGUGUUUGUGUAUAUUGUAUAUACAUAUAAACAGACACUUAUAUGUAUGUUAACAGUAGAAAUUAUAUCAAGCAUGAUUGUAUUUAUGAAAAUUUAUUGGUUACUGUUGGCUGUAUUUUUACAUUUUAGUUCCUAUUUUAUUUAAAUAUUUUUAUAUCAAUUAUUUUUGUUAUUAGUUUGUUUGGUCCAAAGUUUAAAAAAAAGUUUAGUUUUUAAAUGGUUUAUAUGUAUAUAUAUGUCAAUAUUAUGUCAUGCAUUGAACUGAAAUUAAUAAUUGAAAAAAAAAAAAAAAAUGGCAUUCUACUUAUUUAAUGGUUUAUUAAGUUUUUGAGGCCGUCCAUGCUUGUAUUGAUUAUUUUUUGGAAACAUUUAUUUAUAAAUUGCAUAUGUAUGAGCAUAGUGACAACUUCCAUACAUCUGCAUGGAUUCCAUGAUUGCUUUCUUAAAAA